GAUGUGUCUGAGCUUCUGAAGAAGAGAGUCAUAACAGUGAUUCGUAGAGAGAAGUGGUGCAUCCUUCUGCAAUUCUACGGUUUAGGGCCGGGUUUAAGAGUGACACCUAAAGCCUAGUGCUAGCUACGUACUCGGUCUUUGAUCUCUUGAGAAUCCUAAGCAACUGUUCAGAUCCGGUAAGCAAGCCCGGAGAUAUACAAGUUUCUGUCGAGAAUGGUUAAAUUCAAUGCACUGGAGGUGUUUGUAGGGGCUGGUGCUGGAGGAGCACUUGGACCGGCGUUAGAUGUCCUUAGGGAAGUGGUGGAGAAGGCUUUGGAGUUUGAUCCCACCCUCGAAAGCGUCAAAUCCACAGUGGAUUCUUUAAGCCCAUUGAUCCCGAAGUUAGAAGCUCAUAACAAUGCGUUGGGUGGUAACCGAGCAAGGGAAGUAGAAAAGCUGAAAGAAACAAUGCAGAGAGGAAAAGAACUGAUCGAUAAGCUGGUGAAGAUUAGUGAGUGGAGCUUCUGGAAGGCCGAUUACACCGACCAACUUGUGGAGUGGAAUGAGUCUCUCAAGAGACACUUGAAGAUAUUGAAGGUGCAGGGAGUGUGUGAUGGUAUGGAGACCUUGGUUGUGGCAAAGAAUACUAGUGAGGGUGUGAAGGAUACUAGUAAGGAUGUGAAGGUUAUUGUUACGGAUGUGAAGGAGGUCUUAGUUGUGACAGAAGAACAUACUCGGUUGCUGAAGGAUAUCUCGGUCACGGCAGAGGAAAACACCAACAAAAUUGCUGGAUUGGAUGCAAAGUUGGAGGAAAUGAUGAGGAGAAACCAAGAGAUGAAUGGCCUAGUGCAAAAUCAAGUUAAGACUGGAUGGCCCGGAGUACCUAAACCACCACCAUUUACUGUUGGAUUCGAAUCACAAGUGGAUGAAUUGAAGAAGAAACUUCUUGAGGAUGGGGUGACAAUGGCUCUAAUCACUGGUCAUCCAGGAGCUGGGAAAACCACUAUGGCAAAAUCUGUUUGUCAAGAUGAGAAAGUGAAAGACAAAUUCAAGAUCAUCUUUGUCAACGUUUCACAAAGACCCAACACCGAGGUUGUACAGGAAAUAUGUGAAAAAGACGGUAAGAAAUUGUUGGGGUUCCAAUCCGAAGAAAUUGCACUUGUCUUGCUGCAACAACUUCUGAAUAACAGGACAGGAAAUGACCCUGUACUUUUGGUCCUUGAUAAUGUUUGGCCUGGAAACAGGACACGAUCUCUCCUCGCGAGCUGUAAGUUCAAAGAAUCAAAUCACAAGAUUUUGGUGACAUCAAGAUCUGAUUUGCCAGAAUUUGAUGUUAAACACCAGAUAGAAGAUUUGAAUGAGAAAGAUGCAAUGAGCCUUCUCCGUAAUUCAGCAGGCCUCACAGAAUCUUCUUCUAUUCCAGAAGAUCUUCAGAGAAAAGUAGUGGAGUUCUGUAAGAGACUUCCACUCGCCAUUGAAGUGGUCGGUAGAUCACUCGGCAAGGAAAUUGUGAUCUGGAAAGAUAGAGUAGAAGCAUGGUCUAGCGGUUCUCCUGUCAUUAGGUUUCAAAACCAUGUGCUUGUUUGCCUUCAAAGUAGUUUAGAUGCUCUGGGUGAAGAAGAUACCAUCGUCGAUAUCAAGGAAUGUUUCAAAGACCUUGCUUCAUUUCCUCAAGGCCGAAUGAUUCCUGUUUCUGUCCUCAAUGAUAUGUGGACAGAUAAACGUAGUUCAUGUAAUGCAAUACUCCACUACCUCAACAACUGGAGGCUGGCAAAUCUUGUAAUCACGAGGAAUGACGAGGGGGAUAUGGACGACUAUGUCGAACACUUCGUUACCCAACAUGAUCUACUUAGAGAGCUGGCUAUCCACCAUACGGAUACGGUCCCAAUAGAACAGAGGGAAAGACUGAUUAUAGACAUACGUGGAAACAAAUUUCCCAAAUGGUGGAAAAAACAGAUGGAUCAGCCCUUCGAAAAAGCUCACCUUGUAUCUAUAUCAACUGAUAGUCACUUCUCAUCAAAAUGGCGCGACAUACAACUACCGAAAGCUGAAGUUUUAGUUCUGAAUUCCCACACAAAGAACUAUGGAUUGCCCGAAUUUGUGAAGGAGAUGAAGAAAUUGAAGGUUCUAAUAGUCACAAAUGGAUUCUUACCAGCUGAAGUGAGUAAUUUUUCAUUGUUGGGUUCUUUAUCUAAACUAAAAACGAUAAGGUUAGAGCGAAUUUCUAUUUCUUCCAUUACCAAGAACCCCAUAGAAUUGAAGAGACUGCAGAAGAUAUCUUUCUUCAUGUGUAACAUGGGGCCAGCUUUUAGCAAAGAUUCCAUCAAAGAGGCAUUCCCAGAACUUCAAGAAAUCAACAUUGACUAUUGCAGUGAUUUGGUGGAAUUACCUGCUGACAUCUGUCGCCUAAUCCAUCUAAAGAAGCUCAGUAUCACCAACUGUCAUAAGCUAUCUGAGUUGCCUGAAAUGAUUGGAGAGCUUGUCAAUUUAGAACUUUUGAGAUUAAGGUCCUGCACAGACCUGUCAGAGUUUCCUGGUUCAAUUAGGAAACUCAAAAAGUUAAAGGUUCUUGACAUAUCCAAUUGCUACAGCGUUAAGGAGUUGCCUGAAUAUAUUGGUGAAAUGUGCAGCUUAGAAAACAUCAACAUGCGGCAGUGCUCGAGAUUGGAUGAGCUGCCUGAAUCAAUUUCAGAUCUUGAAAAGUUAACUGAUGUGAUAUGUGAUGAGGAGACAGAACGGUUAUGGAAACCUCACUUGCCCAGUCUCAGAAACAACAUAAACAUCACGGUGGUCAAAGAGAAAUUCAGCCUAGAUUGGCUUCAUCAGUAUACUCUUGAGACUUGAGAGCUUUCAUUUCUCUAUACAUGUGUCAUGUACGUGUGCUCAUUUUCUUCCUUGUUUCCGUCGUUUGUUUCUUUGUUUUUCUUUGCUUCUGUAAAUCAUGUUGUACAACAUUAAAUACUGGGUGUUGUAAAAUCUGUGGAGUACAGUGUUUGAAUUUUCACUAUUUGUUAUGAAUUUUCAUUCUUGAUCUUGUUCUUUUCUC